UUCGGCGGCGGCGGCGGCGGCGGCGGCGGGAGCGGGAGCGAGGCCGCGUGAGGUCCGGGCCGAUCCCCGGCGGAGAGCGCGCCAGCAGCGCGGGAUGGCAGCGUCGGUGGCGGCGGGCGCGGGCAGCCCCGGCUCCGGGGACGGGCCCGCGGGCGCCGAGAAGCGCGGGCCCGGGGGCCCCGGGGGGCCGGCUGCCUCGGCCUCGGCCGCGUCCGGGGGCCCUUCGGGGUCGGGCUCCGCUGCCGCCGCCUCGUCCUCCUCGGCCGCGGCUGGCUCGUCGGCGGCAGCCUCAGCCGGAGGCCCCUCAGGGCCUGCGGCUGCCGCCUCCUCGGCCUCGGGCGCCGCGGGCCCUGCCGCCUCUUCGGCCUCGGGCGCGGCGGCGGCGGCGGCGGCGGGUGGAGGGCCGAGCGAGGCGGCCGAGCUGCUGGAGCACUGUGGCGUGUGCAGGGAGCGCCUGCGGCCCGAGCGGGAGCCGCGCCUGCUGCCCUGCCUGCACUCGGUGUGCGGUCAGUGCCUGCUGCUCGGGCCGGCCUCGCCUGCCGCCGCCAACAACGGGGGCGACGGCGCGGGUGAGCCUGCCGGGCGGGGGAGGGUGGUGGACUGUCCGGUUUGCAAACAGCAAUGCUUUGCCAAGGACAUCGUGGAAAACUAUUUCAUGAGAGACAGUGGCACCAAGACCUCCACCGACACCAAGGAUGCCAACCAGUGCUGCACCAGCUGCGAGGACAAUGCCCCUGCCACCAGCUACUGUGUUGAGUGCUCAGAGCCCCUGUGUGAGACGUGCGUGGAGGCCCACCAGCGGGUCAAGUACACCAAGGACCACACCGUCCGCUCCACUGGCCCUGCCAAGACCCGAGAUGGGGAGCGCACUGUCUACUGUUCAGUCCACAAGCACGAGCCGCUGGUCCUCUUCUGCGAGAGCUGCGACACCCUCACCUGCCGAGAUUGCCAGCUCAAUGCCCACAAGGAGCAUCAAUACCAGUUUCUGGAGGAUGCUGUGAGAAACCAGAGGAAGCUCCUGGCCUCCCUGGUCAAGCGCUUGGGGGACAAGCAUGCCACCCUGCAGAAGAACACCAAGGAAGUGCGCACCUCGAUCCGCCAAGUGACCGAUGUGCAGAAGCGGGUGCAGGUGGAUGUGAAAAUGGCCAUCCUGCAGAUCAUGAAAGAAUUGAACAAGCGUGGGCGCGUGCUGGUUAACGAUGCCCAGAAGGUGACAGAGGGGCAGCAGGAGCGCCUAGAGCGCCAGCACUGGACCAUGACCAAGAUCCAGAGGCACCAGGAGCACAUCCUGCGCUUUGCUUCCUGGGCUCUGGAAAGUGACAACAACACAGCCUUGCUGCUGUCCAAGAAGCUGAUUUACUUCCAGCUGCACCGUGCCCUCAAGAUGAUUGUGGACCCCGUGGAACCCCAGGGGGACAUGAAGUUCCAGUGGGACCUCAACGCUUGGACCAAAAGCGCCGAGGCCUUCGGUAAGAUUGUUUCAGAGAGGAGUGGUCCCGGUUCCAUGGCCCCUCCCCGGGCCCCUGGCAAGCCUGGAGGCAAUCAGGCCAUGGAUCUGCAAGAAGGUUAUGGGAGCUAUGGCCCAGAUGAUCCCUACAGUGCUGAGCCCAACGUGUCUGGAAUGAAAAGGUCCAGAUCGGGUGAGGGCGAAGUGAGCGGCCUCAUGCGGAAGGUGCCCAGGGUGAGCCUGGAGCGCCUCGAUCUGGACCUGACAGCAGACAGCCAGCCCCCAGUCUUCAAGGUCUUCCCAGGGACCACCAAUGAAGACUACAACCUCAUCGUCAUCGAGAGGGGGGGCCAGCCAGGGGCACCAGGGGGUCCUCCUAUGCCGCCCAUGGCCAUGGUCAAGGAGGAGGAGACAGAGGCUGCCAUCGGAGCCCCCCCAGGGGUAGAGGGCCUGGAGACAAAGCCACUAUUGCUGCCUCCUCUGGAGGCCUCGGGCCCCGAGGGUCCCCACCUGGCCUCCCCCAGCGGCAGCACCAGCUCUGGCCUGGAAGUGCUGGGAGGCUCCGAUGCAGCCGCUGCCGCGGCCUCUGCAGCCACUGGUGGCCCCGGAGCCGUGGAUGACAGCGCCACCAUCUGCCGCGUCUGCCAGAAGCCGGGGGACCUGGUGAUGUGUAGCCAGUGUGAAUUCUGCUUCCAUUUGGAGUGUCACCUGCCGACCCUGCAGGAGGUGCCUGGGGAGGAGUGGAGCUGCUCCCUGUGCCAGGAGGUGGUGGACUGCAAAGAUGAGGUCCCUCUUCCUGGCCCCGACAGUGUGGCCUUGACCCCCGAUGGGGAUACCUGCCCUGCCAAGCUGUCACCUACUAACCAGCAGAAGUGUGAGCGUGUGCUGCUGGCCUUGCUCUGCCACGAGCCAUGCCGUCCCCUGCACCGACUGGCCACGGACCCCACACCCUCAGCAGAGCAGCCGGGCACUCUGGACCUCACUCUGAUCCGCGCACGCCUCCAGGAGAAGCUGUCGCCCCCAUACAGCUCCCCACAGGAGUUUGCCCAGGAUGUGGGCCGCAUGUUCAAGCAGUUCAACAAACUCACUGAGGACAAAGCUGAUGUCCAGUCCAUCAUUGGCCUUCAACGCUUCUUUGAGACUCGCAUGAACGAGGCUUUUGGGGACACCAAGUUCUCAGCUAUUCUGGUGGAGCCCCUCCCUCCCCCUAUCCCGGGCCCUGGCCUGGCCCCUCCAGAGCUGGUGGGGGGCCCCAGCGACAGUAACUGAACCCCCACCUUGCCCCAGAAUGGCUCCAUCAUCCCCUCACUCAUUCCUUCCUUCACCUGUUGGUCCUUCUGUAUCCUAUCCCCAGAUGCAGUUUUUACUUCUCUGAUUUAAUAAAAACGUAACCCAGGAGACAAGGUCCCACAGUCCCACAAGGUCACACAGACCCAGAGCAAGCGGGGUGGCCUGGGAGUCCCUGGCAGUGGGGCUGGCUGGUGGGCAUGGUGGCUUCCUGGGCUGCCCUGGCUGGAGCAGAGUCCUCCCUCCCCUUAGCGGGAGGCUUCUCGGGGAGGCACAGCUUGCUGCCCGGGGGGGGAGAGGACUCCGGCCCUAAGGGUCCUUCCCUCUUCCAUUUAGACUAGACAGUCUUUCCUCUUAGGGCCCUCACACCCACUUCUGGCCCCCCAAGGUCUGAAUGGUUCAGAAGUAGGGUUAGUUUUUCCUGACAAUCUCUCCCUGGAGAAGCUGGGGCUUGGAAGGGGCUUUUGGGGGGCUGCCCCACCUAGGUGGGGCCUAGGAGCUGUCAACUUUUGUCAUCUGCUUCUUGUACUGAGCUUGGAGUUCAUUGAAACACCCAUCCAAUAAACUUGCCAGCCAUGCCUCUCCCUGCCUCCA